UGGUGUACCUAAAUGAUGUAUUCCAGCAUAACAGUCGACUCAGAAUUCAUAAAUCAUACAUCAAACCGUAAUAAAAAGUGUUUAAAAUAUGCCACACCUAAUGAAGAGAGAGAAAUAUCAAGUUUAUGGAGAAGAGAAAUUUUGGACGAGGAAGAGAUGGAUCCCACGGAGGUGAAAGUUAACAACCUGCCCGCCAUAGAACCUCUGAAAGUUUAUAGGAUAAGAUGGUUCAUCCUGACCCUGUUCGUCCUUUUUUCAGCAUCAAAUUCGAUGCAGUGGAUUCAGUAUUCCAUUAUAGCGAAUGUGAUAACUCAGUAUUACAAUGUUUCGACCACUUGGGUGGAUUGGACCUCCAUUAUUUACAUGGUUCUGUAUAUUCCCUUCAUUUUUCCUGGGAGUUAUCUUCUGGAUAAGUUGGGACUAAGAGUAGCAAUAAUCCUGGGAAUAUCAGGGACAUGUAUUGGAGCAUGGAUCAAGGUUUUGUCAGUGGCACCCGACCGUUUCUACAUAGGGUUUCUGGGACAAAGUAUAGUUGCACUUUCCCAGGUUUUCGUUUUAUCUGUACCGGCUAGGUUGGCUGCUGUUUGGUUCGGACCAUCGCAGGUCUCUUCAGCAUGUAGCAUAGGAGUUUUCGGAAACCAGCUUGGAGUUGCCACUGGUUUUCUUGUACCACCCUUACUUGUGAAUUCCAAAGGUUCAUCUGAUGAGAUACAACACGAUCUUUUCAUUCUUUUCCUAGGAGUUGCUAUCUUCACAACAGUAUUAUUUGUAGCUAUUUUUUUAUUUUUCAAGAACGAACCUCCCACCCCUCCCUCUUAUGCACAGGCUCAGCAAAAUGAAGCUCCAGUUGAUUUCAUUGGAUCGUUGAAGAGAUUGCUUCUAAAUGUACCGUAUGUUCUGUUGCUUCUGGCCUAUGGAAUCAACGUUGGGAUAUUUUAUGCCAUAUCAACAUUGCUCAAUCAGAUCAUUCUUCAAUAUUAUGAGGAUGCAGAGGCAGAUGCUGGAAGAAUUGGGGUAUUGAUAGUUUUCGCAGGAAUGCUUGGAUCUGUUAUGUGCGGGAUCAUACUGGACAAAUUCCACAGAUUCAAAGAAACAACUGUAGCUGUCUACGCAAUGUCAUUGGUAUCCAUGGUGAUCUAUACUUUCGCCCUCGAUAAAGGAAUGGUGCAUGUUUACGUUGUUUCUGCACUAUUAGGAUUCUUCAUGACAGGUCUUCUGCCCGUUGGUUUCGAAUUGGCCGCUGAACUGACCUACCCCGAGCCAGAAGGUACAUCAGCAGGGCUUCUGAACGCAGCGUCACAAGUGUUCGGUACUGCCUUCACAAGUCUCUAUUCGGUGAUUUUCCACCAUUUCAACGACACAUGGGCCAACGCCAUCAUGUCUGUGAUGCUCCUUAUAGGCACAAUUCUGACAGUCUGUAUAACGUCAGACCUGAGGAGGCAAGCAGCGCAAAUCAGCAAAUCUUGAGUCAAUUAAACGAAAGAAAAAAAAUAAUAAGAAUGAAAGUCACAGCUGAAAGCGACAUUAAGCAAGAUAUUACUAUUGUUGUAUAAUAUGGAGGAGAUUUAUGUAUAUAUUUUUCGGUAGGAUCGUAGAUAUGGAAAAAGAAUCGAAUUGGCUGUGAGCCAUCUCGAUUGUCCGAUGUUAUUUCAACAGUAUUCCAAAGAAUUACAAAUAACCCGAAGUUUUAGUAAAUAUUAUAUUUAUUCAGAGUUAGGUGAUGAUGAAAUAGUUAUUUUCGACUGAUAUUUUAUUGUUCUAUUUAACGCGUAGACGCUAUUGUCAUAAUUUUCGAUUAUUAUUCUGUCUAAUUAUACAACUAAUACUAUUAAUUAGCAUGGUUUCGGAAUGCUCAAACAAAAUGGAUAUCAGGAAACUGAAGCAUAUCGAUCUCGAUUUAUAUCGUGAAAAACAAACCAGAGUUUUUAUUGCGAAUUUUAGAAUUUUAUUCUCUACAAUGACAAUAAUUAUUGAAUGUGAUGAAUCCGAUGUUGCAUCACUAAACGAAUUAUUUUUUAUACCAAAAAUUGUUGAAAUUUUAAUUUUAGAACUUGUUUAUCGAGAGCAUAGUGAUAUUAUGUAGUGUAUGAAUGUUAUUGAAUUUCAGAUUUAUAGUAGGUAGUCCCUGUGUGGUAGUUACCCCUGUUCAGAGUUAGUAUUCAUCUAUUUAUGAUGUGGUAGUUCCUAAGAAGCAGGUCUUCUUAUUGAUCUUAUCAAUGUUGUUAUUUGAAAGUCUAUUCCUCAAUGUACGAAACCCAAAUUAUUUAUUUUUGUUGUUGUUCUGAUUACUGUAACCGAAUAAAACGAUUUCGAUUA